AUGUCGCAACUCGUUGGCAAGGUAAACAGCUUCAAUGCGGAGCCUUCCGGCAAAGCCGCGCAUACUCGUCUCGCAUAUUCGCGCACAUGGCACCAUGUCGACGCCGGCACCGAUGAACGAUCCCUCGGCCGCCUCGCCUCGUCGAUUGCCCUCGUUCUCAUGGGCAAGAACAAGCCCAUCUACGACCCUUCAACCGACUGCGGCGACUAUGUGGUGGUUGUGGGAUGUCAUGAUCUCAAGACGACCGGAAAGAAGCGAUUCCAAAAGAUGUACUACACUCACAACACGCGGCCCGGUAGCUUAAAGAGCAUGACUAUGGAUCAGAUGUUCGCCAAAUGGGGUGGUGGAGAAGUUCUGCGUCGCGCGGUAAGGGGCAUGCUGCCCAAGAACCGGCUUCGUGAUAUUCGCCUGGCUCGAUUGAAGACUUUCGAAGGUCUCGCCCACCCCUACAAGGAGAAUAUCGUCAAGUUUGGCAACAAAUCGGUGAUCGGAGGUAUGCCCGAAGUGCAAGAGGCAUUCAAAACGGCUGCCGAGAAGCCAACCGCAUAG